AUGGCUCCCUUCAAAAUCGCCAUCAUCGGCGCCGGCCCCUCAGGUUGCAUGCUCGCCCGCCUGCUCGUCCACUCCCAAUCCCAGGCCCAAAUUCCUCCCUCACAAUCUAUCACCAUCACAAUCUUCGAAUCAGAACCAACUCCCAAUUUUCGCGCCCAAGGCGGUACAUUGGAUCUACACCCCACCACCGGGCUCGCCGCCGUCAAAACCGCCGGCCUCUACUCCGAGUUUCUGAAAUACGCGCGUUUUGAUGGCUCAGCCAUGCGAAUCACCAACAAGAAGCUCAAAACGUGGUUUUCAAUUCCGGCGUCAGAUGGGGAUGGAAAGGGGAAUCCGGAGAUUGAUAGGUUCCAGUUGAGGACGAUGUUGAUUGAUGCUUUGCCUGAGGGGGAAGGGAGCGUGGAGUGGGGGCUUAAAUUGGAUGGUGUUGAGGAAGAGGGAGGGAAGAUGAGGUUACACUUUGCGAAUGGGGAGGUUAGGGAGGGGUUUGACCUGGUGGUUGGUGCUGAUGGGGGAUGGAGUCGGACGAGGAGGUAUUUGGAUGAGCAGCAGAGACCGGUGUUUUCUGGUAUCUCGAAAUACGCGCUUACUAUUCCCGAUGCCGCGAAAAUUGCACCGGAAUCUUCCAAGUUGGUGAAUAGAGGCUCAUUGUUUGCAUUUGGCGACGGGAAGUCGAUUUCGGGACAGCAGCUUGGAGACGGGGGGAUUGAUGUAGGAUUGUAUGUGCAGUUUCCUGAUGGCAAGGCGCCGGAAGAGGCACUGGGGAAGAAAGAGAUACAGGACAUGUUUGCGGACUGGACUCCAGAGCUGAAAGAUAUGAUUGAUAAGGCGGAAUUGGAAAUGAAGGUUUAUAACCUUCACUAUCUACCUGAGGGAUAUAGAUGGGUUCAUCGAAAAGGCGUCACGCUUCUCGGUGACGCAGCACAUCUGAUGACGCCGUUUGCAGGCGAGGGCGUCAAUUUGGCUUUUUAUGAUGCGAUGAAAUUGUCAAAAGCUGUCAUUGAUGGUUUGCAGACAGGCGGUGUGGAGGAAGUCAAUGCUCGAAUUAAGGCUUUCGAGGAGGAUAUGUUUGUUCGUGCGGGACAUGCGCAGAGAAUAACGCAUGGAAUGAUGGCGGAUAUGUUCUUCACUGCAGGAGCGCCAAGAAGUAGUAUGCAGAAUUGGUUGUUGAGGAGGGUGGGCUUUGAUAUUAGGGAGAAUUGGUGGGCGCCGGUUGUGUAUCCGGUUUUGUGGGCGGUCUUUCAUGGGGGUUAUGCGGUCUUGAGGGUGUUCUAUUAG